AAAUAAUUCAAGAAUUUCCUUUGGAAGAUGUCUAUAAUUGUGAUGAGACUGCUAGCAUAGCUAAAACAGUUUAUAUUUCAUCUAAAGUAGAUUCGUCUGAUGAAGAUGAUGAUGAAGUUUAA